AUGUUAAAUGCUUUAUGGUCUCUAUUCAGUAGUUCGGAUUCAUAUGUUCAUUCCUCGACAUCGACGUUGGGUACAACCACAAAGGAUGAAAAUCCAAGUCAUUUGAAUGAAAAUCUUAACUCAACCCGAAACUUCUCCGAUCCAUUCGAUUAUUAUUACAACAUUGAUGAUGAUUUAAUGUUCUACAAAAGACAGGGAUGGUCAGAUUAUUACAAUUCGAAAUUAGGAUUAAUAUUCAAAUAUCCUGCUUGGAAAUUUUCUCACAUAGAGGUGUUGCCGUAUGGUGAUUCUCUGGCUUCAGUCCAAUUGAGAGGAGGAAAUUCAGCAACAAACAAAUCAUCAGAGUCUACUACUCCGAACUCCAUGAUCACAACCAUGUUUAAUAUUGAGGACAUUCAAACCGUGAUUAAUUCAGUAAACGUGACUAAUAGUGAAAGAUCUGUGACGAAUGCAGGAAGGCCAUCUCAAAUACUAACAAGUGCGAGAACCAACGAAGAAGAGAAACAAGAGCAACUCAUUGAUCCAUCAGCCUUUGGCCCUCGUGAAUAUAUUUUAAAUUCCAUCAAAAAGUUGGAGCAAAACAAAUGUUCAUACAAGAUUCUCUUUCAAAGAUCUGUAAAGGUCAAUUCAAGAAAGGCUUACGAAUGUAAAUUGGAGCUGGAAAUGAGCCCUGGUGUUUUCCAACGACCGUCAAAAGCCAUUGUUGAAAAUUUAACUGAAAAAGUCAAAGUAUUGCUUUACUGGAUUGUCUUGAAGUGUGAAGACACAAACAAAUUUUUUAUUUUCCAACACAUGUCUCCAGAUCUUGAUGUGGAAAAUUUUGAUUUAGAAUUUGAAGAACAAAUUUCUCAUAUUAUCAGAAGUGUGAAAAUUGUGAAAUCUCAACAAACUGGGGGAUUUACAUUGCACAGAAAAGACAAGGGUGUUUCACUUAAAUUAUUAGACGAAAGUUGGCAAGUUUGGAAUGUUUCUGGAUUGGAUCAUAAUUUUUCACAACCUAAGAAAAGUAUUAAGAAAAAAUUACCACAAACGGAACAUGAAAAAAUACUACCCCUCCAUCUGAAAGAUGAAAACGUUUUAUUGUAUCUCAUUUCUUCGCUUACGAAAGAAAAGGUUGGAAAAGAAAUUGCUCUAAUUCAAGUUGAAACACACAACUCACAACAGAACAAAAAGGAAGCAGCAACAACUUUCGAAGAAUACAUUCAGCAAACAACACAAAACUUAAAAGAAAAAUGCAAUCAUGUGAUUGAAAUUAAGGAUCGAGUUAAAUGGAGCGGUAGUGAAUGUUCUGAAGGAGUGCUGUUUGCUUACGUUUCCGAAAUGAACUCAUUUCCAGUGCAUCUUUCCAAGUUAAUACCCACCCAGAAGAAACAUUAG